AUGGUCUUGGAGAGGACGCCGAAUCCUCCCCUCUGCCCUUCUCUAGAACACGCUGUUAACAGCGAGAAAGACUUCAAGGUGGAACAACUUUGUGACAACAGAUUUUCUGUGCUUGUUCAGGGAGACACAGAUGUGAACCAGAGGGACGAGCGAGACGCCAAAGCCAUGCGGUGCCCGCAGCCGCCGGACGGGGCCGCCUCCUCCCCCGAGAGUCUGAGGAACGGCUACGUGAAGAGCUGCGUGAGCCCCCUGCGGCAGGACCCUCCGCGCGGCUUCUUCUUCCACCUCUGCCGCUUCUGCAACGUGGAGCUGCUGCUGCCGCCACCGGCCUCCCCCCAGCAGCCGCGCCGCGGCUCCCCCUCCGCCCGGGCGCGCCUCUCGCUGGGCGCCCUGGCCGCCUUUGUCCUCGCCCUGCUGCUCGGCUCGGGGCCCGGGAGCUGGGCUGCCGGGGCCGCCCGGCUGCGGACCCUGCUGAGCGUGUGCUCUCACAGCCUCAGCCCCCUGUUCAGCAUCGCCUGUGCCUUUUUCUUCCUCACCUGCUUCUUGACCCGGAGCAAGCGGGGCCCCGGGCCGGGCCGGAGCGGCGGCGGCUCCUGGUGGCUGCUGGCGCUGCCCGCCUGCUGUUACCUGGGGGACUUCUUGGUGUGGCAGGCGUGGGCUUGGGCUUGGGGGUCCGGAGACGCGGGGGCCUCCGCCGCGGCCCCGCACACGCCCCCGGCGGUGGCGGGCAGGUUGUUCUUGGUGCUGAGCUGCGUGGGCUUGCUGACGCUCGCGCACCCGGCGAGGCUCCGGCACAGCAUCCUGGUGCUGCUCUUCUCCAGCUUCGUCUGGUGGGUCUCCUUCACCGGCCUCGGGUCUCUGCCCGCUGCCCUCAGGCCGCUGCUCUCCUGCCUGGUCGGGGACGCCGGCUGCCUGCUAGCCCUGGGCUUGGAUCACUUCUUUCAGAUCAGGGAAGCCCCUCACCAUCCUCGCUUGGCCAGUGCCUCCGAGGACAAAGUGCCUGUGAUCAGACCCCGCAGGAGGUCCAGCUGCGUGUCGUUCGGAGAAACUUCGGCCGGUUACUCCGGCAGUUGCAAGAUGUUCAGGAGACCUUCGUUGCCUUGCAUUUCCCGAGAACAGAUGAUUCUUUGGGACUGGGACUUAAAGCAAUGGUAUAAACCUCAUUAUCAGAAUUCUGGAGGUGGAAGUGGAGUGGAUCUUUCAGUGCUAAAUGAGGCUCGCAAUAUGGUGUCAGAUCUGCUGAUCGAUCCAACCCUUCCCCCACAAGUUAUUUCCUCCCUGCGGAGUAUCAGUAGCUUGAUGGGUGCUUUCUCAGGUUCCUGUAGGCCAAAGCUUAAUCCUCUCAUGCCAUUUCCUGGAUUUUACCCCUGCUCAGAAAUAGAGGACCCAACUGAGAAAGGAGAUCGAAAACUUCACAAGGGACUGAACAGUAGGAGUAGUUUACCAACUCCACAGCUGAGGAGGAGUUCCGCAACCUCAGGUCUGCCUCCCGUUGAACAGUCUUCAAGGUGGGAACGCAAUAAUGGCAAGAGGCCACACCAAGACUUUGGCAUUUCAAGUCAAGGAUCCUAUCUAAAUGGGCCUUUUAGUUCAAGUCUACUGACAAUCGCGAAGCAAAGGUCAUCUUCUGUAUCCCUAACUCACCAUGUAGGUCUGAGAAGAGCUGGUGCUUUCCCCAGCCUGAGUCCUGUGAAUUCUCCCAGCCAUGGACCAGUGUCUCCUGGCUCUCUAACCAGUCGAUCACACAUAGAAUUUCCUGACACUGCCAAUUUUCUUACUAAGCCAAGUGUUAUUUUACACAGAUCUCUGGGCAGUGCACCCAAUUCACCAGAUACUUAUCAGCAACUCAGAAAUUCUGAUAGCAGUUUGUGUAACAGCUGUGGACAUCAAAUAUUGAAAUACGUGUCAACAUCCGAAUCUGAGUCUGGUACAGACUGCCAUGGUGGAAAGUCAGGUGACGAAGAUAGCACCAUUCCCUCAAAACAAUCAUUCAACUGCACAGAAGCGCAGGAAGUGGAAACAGAGAACAGAGACUACAGAAAAUUAUUUUUGGAAGGUGAUAAUCACCUAACAGAAGAGGCACAGAAUGAACAGCAAUCAAAUAUUGAACAGGAAGCAUCACUGGAUCUGAUUUUAAUAGAAGAUUAUGAUUCCUUAAUAGAAAAGAUGAGCAACUGGAAUUUUCAAAUAUUUGAAGUUGUAGAAAAAAUGGGAGAGAAAUCAGGAAGGAUCCUUAGUCAGGUUAUGUAUACCUUAUUUCAAGACACUGGCUUAUUGGAAAUAUUUAAAAUCCCCACUCUACAGUUCAUGAACUAUUUUCGUGCAUUGGAGAAUGGCUACCGAGACAUUCCUUAUCAUAAUCGCAUACACGCCACAGAUGUCCUGCAUGCAGUUUGGUAUCUGACAACGCGGCCAGUUCCUGGUUUACAGCAGAUCCACAAUGACCACGCAGCAGGAAAUGAAACAGAUUCCGAUGGCAGAAUGAACCCUGGGCAGUUGGCUUACAUUUCUUCGAGGAGCUGCUCUAUUCCAGACGAGAGCUAUGGUUGCCUUUCUUCAAACAUUCCUGCGCUGGAAUUGAUGGCUCUCUAUGUGGCAGCCGCCAUGCAUGAUUACGAUCACCCAGGGCGGACAAAUGCAUUUCUAGUGGCUACAAAUGCCCCUCAGGCAGUUUUGUACAAUGACAGAUCUGUUCUAGAAAAUCAUCAUGCUGCAUCAGCUUGGAAUCUGUAUCUCUCUCGCCCAGAAUACAACUUCCUUCUUAAUCUUGAUCAUGUGGAAUUCAAGCGCUUUCGUUUUUUGGUCAUUGAAGCAAUCCUUGCCACUGAUCUUAAAAAGCAUUUUGAUUUCCUUGCUGAAUUCAACGCCAAGGCCAACGAUGUAAAUAGUAAUGGCAUAGAAUGGAGCAAUGAGAAUGACCGCCUCUUAGUAUGCCAGGUGUGCAUCAAGCUGGCAGACAUCAACGGCCCGGCGAAAGUUCGGGACUUGCAUUUGAAAUGGACAGAAGGCAUUGUCAAUGAAUUUUAUGAGCAGGGAGAUGAGGAAGCAAACCUCGGUUUGCCCAUCAGUCCCUUUAUGGAUCGUUCUUCGCCUCAGCUAGCAAAACUCCAAGAAUCUUUCAUCACCCACAUCGUGGGUCCUCUGUGUAAUUCCUACGACGCGGCUGGCUUGCUGCCGGGUCAGUGGGUAGAAGCAGAAGAGGACGAGGACACCGAGAGUUGUUACGACGACGAAGAUGGUGAAGAAUUAGAUACAGAUGAUGAAGAAAUAGAAGACAGUCUAAAUCCUAAACCACGAAGGAGGAAAGGCAGACGGCGAAUAUUUUGUCAGCUAAUGCACCACCUCACUGAAAACCACAAGAUAUGGAAGGAAAUGAUAGAGGAAGAAGAGAAAUGUAAAGCUGAUGGGAAUAAACUGCAGGUGGAAACUCCUUCCUUACCUCAAGCAGAUGACAUUCAGGUCAUUGAAGAAGCAGAUGAAGAGGAGGAGAGACAGUUUGAAUAAAAGAAAAGGCAUAUCACAGAAGCCUGGAGGGCUGUGCCCGGGGUCAGAAAUCCCUGCCUGGCACUCAGGGGACAGACCCGACACAGACCAUUCCUGCGGGGACAGGCCCGGCUACUGGGAGAGGCCCCUGCUGCUGUGUGCGCUCACCACACGGACAACACAAGCAUCCUUAGAGCAUGGCUUCCCUCAACUCAUGUUGCAAAGCUCUUCGUUGAAGGCUUCACUGGUAUACCAGUACUCUGUCAUAAUAAUGCUUUGCCGGGUAGUAAGCUCUUCUUUUUCGUGAGCGGUAGCUAGAACUAAAAAUCCAAGUGACUUCAGUUUCCAAAGUGGCCAGAACUUUUUGCUUUCGUGAAAACAGGAUUCAUAGUGUUUUUUUCUGAAUGUGUCUUUUAGGUGUUUUGAACAUUUUGGCGGGAGCGGGGUUGGGGUGGUGGAGUCAGUGCCUGUCUAAAAAGGAAUCCAGUGUUGCCUUUCAGAGGGUCUGUUCAAUGCAAGACACCGUUCAGUGCUGUGCUCCCAGCCGGGUUUAUCCAUGAAAGACUGAGUGACCUUUGUUAAAUAUAAUAGAAUCCAGGUGCAUCAAUUUCUGAUGCUUCUUACUGUUGCGUGUUACCUACUAUGUGUGUUUGAGUU